AUGCUGUCUUCAGGUCUCCGUCGCCGAGCUACCAGAACAAGCCUUCGCUCGAGCAGUGAGCAGCCUCGGGAGGACGCCAGCGACUCCUGCCCCGUCCUCGGCGAAGAGGAUCUGCUCCGCAGCAGCACGCGGCCGCAGCGGAUUCGAGAGGUGAGGCUAGUCGACAACGGCGUGUUCACCACGAAGAAGAGUCUGGCGCAGCGCAUUCGCAGCCGCAAGAACAGGUUCAUCCAGCGCGUGCUUGUGGCGUGUCACUUUGCCGAGCCAUCGAGAGAUGUCACGUUCACACAGGCCCAGCACAGCACCAAGGCAGCAAUCGACCAGCUAACGGCAAUCCGCGACGGUCUCUUCGCCCACUCGCAGAGUAUCGUCACAGACUUGUCGAUGGCAAUCUGCAGCUUCACCAACAACUCGGCCCGCCUCCAUGACGACUCCCAGGACGCGCUGGCUGACGUCACUGCGGAGGGAUACAAGAUCCGCGACUGCUAUCUCGCGUUCAGCGUAGGUUGCCGCUCUCCCAUUCUGUUGUACGCACAGGACCAAGUAGAGAAGGAGAUUCUGGCGCAGAUUGACCGCCGCCUCGCCGAGUUCGAGCAGGUCCAGUCCCUCGUCGAGGAGCGUGCGAAACUCGUGCUCGACGUGGACUACGCGAAGCGGACAUUGGCGGUGGAGCUGCAGAAAGGAAACGUCAACCGCAUCGCAGAACGCAAGCAAGCGCUGCAAUCUGCCCAAAGCGACUGUGAGCGCGCGACGCGCUUCAUCACAGACCACCUCAAGUCCGUACACCCGGCACAGGACGACGACAUGAUCGCCCUCUUUCAAGAGUAUGCGCUGCUGGUCGCCCAGUUCUUCAAGCGUGGAGCCGACUUCGUCCGGACUGAGGUCUAA